AUGGAAUAAUUAUAAAUUCUUUACAACAAAAAAUUAAAUAAUUGGAAAAAUAUUCAUGAUUUAAGGGAGUUGGAAGACUUAUAAUUGGAUAGAUUUUUGAUUGUUUAUUUCUCUUAAAUUGUAGAUAAUUUAAUUUUAGUCAACAUCUUUAGGUCUGCCUUAAUGUUAAUAAAUUUCCUUGAAUUUCGAGAGUCUCAGGGUAAGUAUAGGAUCGAUAAGAAUUGUAUAUUAUUAUGUGAUUGGGAUAGCAACUAGCCUUUUGAAGGCAGAAUUCGAAAGAAAAAUGAGAGGGAAAAGGGGCACAGUACCAGAGAAGGGAUUAAAAACUGAUGAAAAUAUUCCUAGAGGAGAAUGACCGAAAUUUUUUGGAUUUACAAAUAUUUAAUGGAAUAGUUAAUUUUUUAGGAGAGACAGUGGAGUAAUGGAGGGGUUUGAUAUUUCUCAAGUAAGAAAUUUUAUAAUUUGAUAAUGUAAUUUUCUUCAUGAGCAUUUGAAAAAAGGAAAAUAAUUAAGUUAUUGUGAGAAGAAAUUUGAAAAAUCUUAUCCAUUAAUAAUAAACUCAGAC